UAUUUAUUAUUAAUUUAUUUUUAGAUGAGUUCUCCAAACUGACUGGUGACGAGGCGUCCGUGUUAUUCUGUUUUCUGUGUUCUGACUCCGGUCCUCCUGACUUUACUGACACAGAGUGGCUGGACUUGCUUAAUGAGAUACGACAUUUAGUGUACCGUAAACAGAAUCCUGUAACACGUGAGGAAGCACAGCAGACUCUGGACAGACUGAAGUCACAUGAUUACCUUUGGGAAGAUAAGGACAAGAUAAAGAAGGACACAAAGGAUGAGACAAUGUAUAGGAUAACAUUGAUAAACCGUGAUACACCAUUCAUUUACAGUAGUUAUGACACAGCCAGUGUGUACCUGAGAUCACGGAGAUACAACAUAAAACCUGGAGAGAAGUGUGUCAUUUGUCCUCUUUACUGUGAUUCCUUACUGUUACACCGUCUACAUAUGAACAUACUGACUCACGUCACCAUGGAGGACACGGGGAUAUAUGAUAACAUACACCGGAUAUUAAACAUACCGUACAACGAAAUAAGGGGAACUCGAAGUAAACGGACGCAGUUAUUGAUAACCUUAAAAGAACAAGGGGACGCUGUACAUUACAGAGGAAGAUCACAGGACAGUGUAAAUCACGUGACGUGGCUCUGGAGAUACGGUUACUGGGCGAGACCUGACAUCGUGAGAUCCUGUGUAGGUCUACAUCAACACAACGACAUUUACAUCAUCGACAACAAAGCUUACAGAAAACCAAGUGAACAUCAUAAAUAUUCAGAAUUGGACAGAAGUAUUCUUUACAGUUUACUCUUGUGUGACAAGUACACGAGUGCUGUAAAUGGGGUGGCUUUCAAGUCAAUAUUAAUAAAGGUACGAGAACGGUAUUUUCAAAGGAUUUCUCCGUCUGAUGAUGUUGAUGUGACAUCCCUUCAAGAUGAAGUUAAGGAAACCCAGUAUGGUGAGGUAACGUUUAUAUCAGACGACACACGACAUGACGUCAUGUACGCCUUUGUUACGGAGUGUCUGGUGCAGGACAGUGAUCUGGAGUUUUUCCUGACCACGGCGUCACGUGACGUGAUAUCAGAAUACUGCAGGUCCUGGUAUUAUGAGAGGAGUGAGGGAGAGAGAUGUCUGUAUGUAUCUGACUAUCCAAAGAAGAUGUACGACUUCUUCAUAGACAAACUACAGCUGGACAUCAUCACACACUGUACCGUGUCUGACGGGGGUAUUCAUGACAGCAUCAGUAAACGUUUGGGAGUCCCUGGAGAAAUACUAAGGUGGGACCAGGAGGCCAGAGAGCGGUAUGUGGAGUACGCUAAGAGAGGAACACAGACAGUCCACCACGCCCGGGGGAUGAUUGUAGGAUGUGCUGGGGCGGGGAAAACCACGCUACUUCAACGUCUUCUCGGGUGUAGUGAAGAAGAGAUUUAUGAAGUAAAAUCUACUGAAGGAUUGGAGGUGCAUGAGGAAAUAUUUGAUAUAUGUGAUAAAACAAGAUCAUUGAAAGCAAGAAAAAGCCAGGAGAAUCAUGAGAAAGUAAAAACUUCAAAUGUGGACUCUAAGACUCUGACUUUCUUUGACUUUGGAGGGCAGUGUGCGUACUACGCCUGUCACCAGAUUUACCUGACCAGGAGAGCUUUCUAUGUUGUGGUGGUGGACGCUUCUAAACGUCUGGACCAAAAGGUGGAUAAGGCAGUGUGUGAUCAAGAUGGUAGUGUGUUCUCUGGAUGGACCUAUGGAGAAUACUUUGUGUUCUGGAUAAAGUCUAUACAUACCUACUGUGGUUCUGACAACGAAAAAGAUCCAAAACCUGUAGUUCUAAUUGUUGCAACACACUGGAAAGAAGGAAGCAGACAGUUUAGGGAUACACAGGAACUGAUUGAGAGCUUGUAUCAUCAAUUUCCAAAGACAUCUAAUUUAUCACAGUACAUCAGAAAUGAUAACGUGUAUUGUGCAGAUUUUACUUUACCUCUUCAUGAUCUGGAAACUUGCUUCUUCGAAAUAGCUUCCAAUCAACGAUGGAGAGAAAGCAUUCCAAAAGAAUGGUCUUUCUUUGGAUUAGAAAUCAACCAGAAAAAACACUCAAAGCGGAUCUUGAAGAUUACAGAAAUAACAACAGAAGUACCAGAGACUAAUACCAAAGAACAAGAGGAUUCAGUUAAAGCUGAAAAGGGAAUCCAAGAUAUGCUGCGGUAUUAUCAUGAUGCCGGAAAAGUCUUAUAUUUCAAUGAAAAUGGUCUCAAUAAAGAAGUGAUUAUAGACGUCCAAUGGUUUAUUGACGCCUUCAAGCAUAUUAUCACAGACAAGCUUCAUUUCAAAGGUAUUCCUGUCAGCCAAGGGGACUGGCAAGAAUAUUAUAAAACUGGAAAUUUGCGAGACCGGCUUCUAGUAGAGAUCUGGAGACAUAAAGAUAAAGAGCUAUUUGACAAGCUAAAGGAAAAGGACAAGAACUACCAAAUUAGAGGUGGAUCGUAUGAGGAAGAUGGACAAUAUCUUCAAUGUCAUAAAGAAUCACUCAUCAAUUUUAUGCAAAGACUCGGUUUAUUGGCUGUUGGUUCGAUAUCUCACUAUGUUCCGUGCAUGAAUCGUAAAGAAAUAGAAAAUGAACUUCUAGAUAUCAUCACAAAAUCGGAGAGUAAAUCAUCUGUGCUUGUUUAUCAAUUUGAGUUUCUGCCAUUUUUCUUGUUUUACCGUCUUGUUGUUGCUUGUAUGCAAGAAGAUGGCUGGACAGUACUCGAAAAUGAUGGUACAUCUUGCCUCUACAAAAACACUGCUUUGUUUUCGAAUGGUAAAUAUAAUAUCGUUUUAUCUGUCACUAAAGAUUCCAUACAACUUCAAUUAUUUCAUCCGAUAGCAGGAUACGUGUUGGAAAGAGAUCAAGUAUGCACAAUCCAAAAAAGAAUAGAAGAAAUAUUGGAAAAUCUGUCAGGAUCAAUUUACAAAAGAAUACAGUUUGUUAAAGGUUUUAGAUGUCGAACAGACGACACAAAAGCAAUUGCACUUGAUAUCGAGAAGCAUUUCUUACCAGAAUCAAAGAUUCCGAAAGACGAUCGCAAAACAAAAAAUCCGAAAGAGGAUUGCAAAAUGAUAUGCCCUUUACAUUCCGUAACUGAUCGUCAUAUCAUCGAUAUCACCGAGUUAACUAGAUAUUGGGUAUUGAAGAAGGAAACAAAUCCUACAGACAGCAAAUAAAAUUCACCAUUUGCUAGAAAAAUUUGCUAGAAAAAUUUUGAGAUGUUGAUUUUGUUUGAAAUUAUCUAAAUAAAUGUUUAACACUUGAAUGAAUCAAAAAUUUCUAUCUGCAGUAAGGUCUUAAAUAACUGGGACUUUAAUGAUUAAUAUUUUUAAAGACACGAGGAUACGCUUAUAAGGACUGGUUCACAAUGUUUUUUUUUUUAAAAAUCGAUUUAAUGACACAUUUUUUUGUAUUUUGAACUAUUUUAAAAAGCAAGUCAAAGAGUGGCAAUAAUUACUAAUAUUUAUUCAAAUACUUCUCUUUCAUAUGUCUAAAAAAUAUCCCAAUGAUUUAUAUUAAUUAUUUUAAUUCAAUAACUCAAAUUAAGAGGAAUUUUUCAUUAUCGAUGUCUUCAAUUAUCUCUGUCCUGUAUGCGUUCAACAUAGCACAACUCUAAUUACACUAGGUAGCGCAAUGUUUUGUUAUAGAGGUUUUAUUUUACUUUCAAUUUGUGUAAAAAAAAAAUAAACCUUUGCUGCUACAACCUAUCAUAAAUGUAAUUAAGAGGAGUUGAACAGACAAAUCAUUUUUUGGUUUAAAAUGGGGCGUUUAAUAUUACCUCGUUUUGGGAAAGUUUCGGGCAUACACAUAUACGUAAUAAUUGAGUAUUCGAAAGACAUUACAUACAUGUAAUACACUAGCAUAAGUGAGAGGGCUUUAAUAGGAUUUACCUUCUGCCAAAUCCCAUUCACUUUUACUUGUGUAAAACAUUUGCAUAAAUAAAAAAAUACGUAAUACAAACAGGAAUAUGAAACCCUAAUAUUCUCCAGAUUUUAUGUAGUUGUUUUUUUUAUUAUAUAGAUCAUAUAUAAGCUAUAUGAUAGAUACACAUACGAUAUAUAAUAUAAGAAAAGUUCAAUAAAUGUGCUUAAGGUCUUUUAUUAAAAAAUAUACAUACAAAAUAUUUACUGUAAUCCCUCAUAGUAUGAUUCUAUUAGUAUCCCAUGUUACCCUUCACACACGCCUUUUGUUUUUUAACCCGUGACAAGAAAUCCUAAGCUACUCAUCUUUAAAGAUUCCAAAAGACACUAGUAGGUAAAUACGUAAAAAAAUGCAUCAUAAAGAAAUGUGUAUACUUUUCCACGACUAAUAAAUACAAUAUAAAAGUACGUAUAUACAUUUCACUGGGCCCAAUGGACUUUCAUGUCACUUUAACAAUGUAUAUUAUUUCAUAAUCAUUUAAA